GCGUCCUUGCCACUUUGUGCGUUUCCAUCCAGCAGGUGAAUUGAAGAAUGGAGGGGAACACGACGGUUUAUCCGGCGGGGUCGGAGUUCGACGUGCCCCGAAGCCCUGACAACGGCAGCACGGUGGGUUGGAACGGCACCGACUGGGAAGCAGGCGCCGAGUCCUACAACUUCGUUGCCCUCCUGCCCAUCCUGGUGAUCGCGGAGAUUCUGAUCGGCAACGCUCUGGUCGUCCUCGCCAUCUACAGGGAAAAGAACCUGAGGUCUAACACCAACUACUUUAUAGUCAACCUGGCGGUCACCGACGCACUCAUGGCCACUCUCGUCAUGCCGUUCGUCGUGUAUGUGGAGUUUCUGGGAGUGUGGCAGCUGGGUUUCCUGAUGUGUGACGUGUUCGUGGCGUUAGACGUGAUGCUGUGCACGGCCUCCAUCUUUAACCUGGUCGCCAUCAGCAUUGACAGGUUUUAUGCUGUGACGUGGCCAGUCCGCUACUCUAAGCACAAGUCCAACACCCGGCUGGCCAUCACCAUCACCCUGGUGUGGACCUUGUCUUUCGUCAUCUGCGCACCUCUUCUGUUCGGGUCCAACUACCCUGCUAAGGGAGAAAGGACUCCAGAAAUGUGCGGGAUUUUCAACAACAACUACAUGAUCUACUCGUCCAUGUGCUCGUUCUUCAUUCCCUGCACCGCCAUGCUGGUGCUCUACUACAAGAUCCUUAAGAAAAUCAAGGAGAGGUCGAAGAAAAUGGCCAAGAAGAUGCCGAAGUCUACUUCAGCCGGGAUGAUCUGCGGAGACACCGUGAUCGCCAACACCACCACCAGCUCAGGGAUCGCCUUGAAGGAAAACGGCGCGUCCAAGAAGACGUUGAGCACCCCUGUGUUGGACGGGCACGCAGGACACGCUGUCUCGGCAGUGGACGCGAACUCCCGUCCGUCCAGCGAGUCUGACAUCAGCGUUGCCAUGGCAGCAGAGACCACCCAGGCAGAGGAUCCGGCCAGGACACCCGGAAUCUCUCCCAGAUGCGCCAAGCUUCCCAAGACGCGUCUAGACGCGAUCAAGAUCAAGCUCAAGGGGAAGGUGAAGGACGAAUUUCCCAACAAAAGGGAACAGAAGGCCAUCAACGUCAUGAAAAUCGUCAUUGGAGUGUUCCUCAUCUGCUGGACGCCAUUUUUCGUCACCAAUGUCGUACGCGCAUGCUCCACUUGCACCAUUCCCGACGUCCUCUUCUCCAUCGUGACGUGGCUGGGUUACCUGAACAGCGGGAUGAACCCGAUCAUCUACACCAUCUUCAACCAGGAGUUCCGCUCUGCCUUCAGGAAACUGCUGUGCAAAACCCAUUAGAUCAAUGACAUUAGACGGAUCAAGGACAUUAGACAUACCGUCACCAUGAUCAUCUUAGAUACUCCUAAAUAGCCCCGCAAGGCUCAACGUAAGAGGGGUGGGGUGGGUAGAAGUCCCGGGUAGGCCUCCUGCCUGGUACGGAAGGACCCAAUGGUGGGAGCAAUUACCAGCGUGUCAGGCAGUAACCUCCUUCACCGGUGUCUG